GUGUUUUGCGGGCAACUAGCUCUCCCAGCAGCUGUAAUUGCUGCUGCGGGAGAUAUCCGAGCUGCCGCCGUCCGCGCGCCCGCCCUCCCCCACUGAGGCGAGCCACCGCCUCUUUCGCUCUCCUCACACACCUAUCGCCGGGAGCGGCGGCAGCAACAGUCCCUGGAUCCACCGCCGCCUCCUCAGACGGCCGCUCUGCUGGUUAUUGCCUCAGUCCGACAGUUGCCGGCGGCCCCCUGUCCAGCUCCUCUCUUCAGAUCGUCUGCUCCCUCCUCAUCCUCCCGGGACCCACCUCCCCACGGUUCGCCGGGGUGGAGGACGACGUGGAGGAGACGAGAGUCACCCUCCCUCCAGGCGGCGCCGGCCCCCUCACCCGCGGGUGUGUCCUAUAAAUGGCGUCGGAAAGCGACACGGAGGAAUUCUUUGAUGCCCCUGAAGAUGUGCACCUAGAGGGCGGCGACCCUAUCGGGUAUCCAGGAAAAGUUGGGAUUUCAGCAUUAAAGGAAACAGAGAGCUCUGCAUACAAAGUUGGAAAUGAGUCCACUGUACAAGAACUGAAACAAGAUGUAUCUAAAAAGAUUAUUGAAAGUAUUAUUGAGGAGAGUCAGAAAGUACUACAGCUUGAAGAUGAUUCUUUGGAUUCCAAAGGAAAAGGACAGUCUGAUCAGGCUAUUGCCAGUCCUCUCACAGCUGGAAGAGAUCUUAGCAAUAUACCUGGACUGUUAGCCAUAGAUCAAGCACUGCAGGAAGAUUCUCAGAAGGCAGAGAGUCAGGAUGUAUCUGAAGAAACUGAAUUAGAAUCAAAACAAUGUUUUCCUUCUGAUGACACAUGUGAGAAGCCAGUAGAUGAAACCACAAAGUUAACUGAAAUAAGUUCAACUGCACAGCUUAAUAUUCCUGAAACUGUAACAGAAGUGUUGAACAAGGAAGAAGUGGAAGUCAAAGAAAGUGAUGUUCUAGAAUCUGUAUCCUCGCACUCCUUAUCUAUGAAAGAUUUUGCUGAAGUGGAAGAAGUUGCACCUGCCAAACCGCCAAGACAGCUUACUCCAGAACCUGAUAUAGUAGCUAGUACAAAGAAGCCUGUUCCAGCACGCCCACCCCCUCCAGCUAACUUCCCACCUCCUAGGCCCCCACCUCCAUCUCGACCUGCUCCACCACCAAGAAAAAAGAAGAGUGAAUUGGAGUUUGAGGCUCUUAAGACACCUGAUCUAGAUGUUCCCAAAGAGAAUAUUACAUCUGAUCCUCUCCUAACUACGAGCAUGGCUUCAGAGAGUACAGUCAAAGAUUCUCAGCCUUCUCUUGAUUUGGCAAGUGCUACCAGUGGAGAUAAAAUAGUUACUGCCCAGGAAAAUGGAAAAGCACCUGAUGGGCAGACAAUAGCAGGUGAAGUGAUGGGCCCUCAGAGACCUAGAUCCAACUCUGGGAGAGAGCUUACUGAUGAGGAAAUUUUAGCCAGUGUAAUGAUUAAGAACCUAGAUACUGGAGAAGAAAUACCUUUGAGUCUUGCAGAAGAGAAACUGCCAACGGGUAUUAAUCCUCUCACUCUACACAUCAUGAGAAGGACUAAGGAAUAUGUAAGUAAUGAUGCAGCACAGUCAGACGAUGAAGAGAAGUUACAGUCUCAACAAACAGAUACUGAUGGUGGACGGUUAAAACAGAAAACGACUCAACUAAAGAAGUUCCUAGGAAAAUCAGUAAAGAGAGCGAAGCACCUUGCUGAGGAAUAUGGUGAACGUGCUGUAAAUAAAGUUAAAAGUGUUAGAGAUGAAGUUUUUCAUACUGAUCAAGAUGAUCCUUCAUCAAGUGAUGAUGAAGGAAUGCCGUACACAAGACCAGUUAAAUUCAAAGCAGCACAUGGCUUCAAAGGACCUUACGAUUUUGAUCAGAUCAAAGUGGUACAAGAUCUUAGUGGUGAACAUAUGGGAGCUGUGUGGACCAUGAAAUUUUCUCACUGUGGCAGAUUACUUGCCUCUGCUGGACAAGACAAUGUAGUGAGAAUAUGGGCUUUAAAAAAUGCUUUUGACUAUUUCAACAAUAUGCGAAUGAAAUACAAUACAGAAGGACGUGUGUCCCCAUCACCUUCUCAGGAAAGUCUAAAUUCAUCAAAAUCUGAUACAGAUACAGGGGUAUGCAGUGGAACUGAUGAAGACCCUGAUGAUAAAAAUGCACCAUUUCGACAACGGCCGUUUUGCAAAUAUAAAGGACAUACUGCUGAUCUGCUUGAUCUUUCCUGGUCUAAAAACUACUUUCUGCUUUCUUCUUCAAUGGAUAAAACAGUCAGAUUAUGGCACAUUUCCAGAAGAGAAUGCCUUUGCUGUUUUCAGCAUAUAGAUUUUGUCACUGCCAUAGCUUUCCAUCCGAGAGAUGACAGGUAUUUUCUAAGUGGGUCUUUGGAUGGAAAGCUCCGCCUUUGGAACAUACCUGACAAAAAAGUGGCUUUGUGGAAUGAAGUAGAUGGUCAAACAAAAUUGAUCACAGCUGCAAAUUUCUGUCAGAAUGGCAAAUAUGCAGUGAUUGGAACAUAUGAUGGAAGGUGUAUUUUCUAUGAUACAGAGCAUUUGAAAUACCACACACAGAUACAUGUCCGAUCUACUAGAGGGCGCAACAAGGUUGGAAGAAAAAUUACUGGCAUUGAGCCUUUACCUGGAGAAAAUAAGAUACUGGUAACCUCAAAUGACUCCAGAAUCAGACUAUAUGAUCUUAGAGAUUUGUCGCUGUCCAUGAAGUAUAAAGGUUACGUCAACAGCAGCAGCCAGAUCAAAGCAAGUUUCAGCCAUGAUUUUAAUUACCUUGUUAGUGGCUCAGAAGAUAAGUAUGUUUAUAUCUGGAGUACUUACCAUGACUUAAGCAAGUUUACUUCAGUCAGGAGAGAUCGUAAUGACUUUUGGGAAGGUAUUAAAGCACAUAAUGCAGUUGUUACAUCAGCUAUCUUUGCUCCAAACCCAAGUUUGAUGUUGUCUUUGGAUGUGCAAUCUGAAAAAUCAGAAGGAAAUGAAAAAGGUGAAGAUGCCGAAGUGUUGGAAACCAUGCCCUCUGGUAUUAUGAAGACAGACAACACAGAAGUUCUUCUCUCUGCUGACUUCACUGGAGCAAUCAAAGUGUUUAUUAACAAAAGGAAAAAUGUAUCUUAAUUUGAAAUGACAUUUAAAAUAAACAUAUCAGUAAGUUUCUGUAUGUACCAGGACUGAAAAAAAUCAUAGUGUUUCAGGUUAACAUCCUUUUUUUUAAUUUUUAUUGGAAGUUGUUCAAAUAUAAUAUAUUUUUUGAGAGGCAGUGUUAAUGAUCUAGUAAACCCUGGAUUGAUAGACUAGAAAGGAAUGUAGCUAGAAUAACAUUGCCAAACAUUAGGCUUUACAUUUUGUUACGUUUGUGUUUUUGUUAUAUAAUUGUGAACAUGCACAGGUUUCUGCAUGAAAAUAUAUUAAUAUAUUAAUCACAUGUGUGUGCCUUUUGGUUACAUGCACUAAAUCUAACAGAGUUAAAUUAUUUCAGUGGCUCUUUUGGCCUCUUAUUGAGGAGGAGUGUCUUGUUUCUAGCUUAAAUAAUUUCUUUUGCACAAAAUUUCAUUUUUAAGAGAAGUGGUAUCUUUUGACUGAGUUAUUGUUUUAAAAAUGUUAUAUAGGUUUUCAAUAGGUCAACAACCAUGUGUAAAUGGUUUUUAUAAAUUUCUCAAUUUGGGGACGAUUUUUUUUGUGUGUGUGGUCUAAAUUGUGGACUUAAGAUUCUUUUCUUUGUAUGUGUAUAUAUAAUUUUUUUUUUUGCCACACUGGAGCACAAUGUUUCUAUGUAAAGAAUUCUUUUCAUUCUUUAUCCAUGAGCACCAGGCUUUGCUCACUUAAAAAAAAUUAAGCCGCAUUAAGGAGUGAGUCUUCUUUUUUACAAUAAUGUAAAAAUGGACUGUUUACAUUUUUUUAAAGCAUUGUAGUUUUAAAAAUUAAGCUGUUUUGUUUUCUGUUGUUAAAUUUGGAAGCCUUUGUAAAUAUUGAUAAUGUACCAAUGAAAUAACAUCUGGGGUUGAUGGAACCCUAAUAAUGUUGUUGAUGGUUAGCAUAUGUUUCUGAAAAUUAAAUAUGUAUUAUUAAAAGUUGGUGGCCAAAAAUUGUUAAACAUGUGAUUUUAUUUUCCAAUGACUUCAGUAACUUGAGAAAUGUAAGAAAAUAAAAGUCUUGUUAAUUUGAUUUUUAGCAAGCAGAGAUCAAAUUUUGGACCCCUAAAUUAUAAUGCAUUAGCUACAUACCUUUAAGAAAAAUAGUUUUUAAUUCUAGUUCUAAAAUGAAUACUGCUACCAAUUCAUCUCUAUGCUUAUACAUUCUUUACUGCAGUGGUUUUCAGUAUGUAAGUGAGAAGCUGAGGAGCCAUGAUCAUAUCCUUAUUAAUCAGCAUAGUCUUGAGUGUCCUGGAUUUUCUAGUUCAUUCUGUAUUGUUUAUCUUGGUUUUAUUUCUAUGCUGCUUUCUUCCUCUUCCCAGCGACAUGCUUCCUCCUUCCUCUCCUCCUACCUUCCUCACUAUCCUCUCCCCAUCUCUCUGCUCACUUUCCUGUACUCUGCCUGACAGAUCAAGUUGUUAUGCCAUUGGCUUUCUAACUGGUCUCUUUCUUAGUCUCAAGGUCUGGAUGGCAGUGGAAUUGGUCUAGUGUCUCAGAGAACUCAGUGUAUUCAACUCUCUGAGGCUGCUUGGGUUUCGCUGACUUCUGCCUGAUGCCUCGUAGUCUUGCUGUGGUGCUGGAUGUUUCAACUGCAUAUAAUCGGGGUGUUGCCAUAUGAAUAUUUCCUGAUGGGUUUUAUGUGGUUUCUUGAACAAAAAGGCAAAGGCAAAAUAGUUGGAAUGCAAGCUUAAGAGAACAAUACUGAUAUUUCUAAAUUUAAUUUUUAAAAUGUUGGUUUAUCAUUAUAUAAAUAUGCUGCAAAGUUACAAGUCAGAAAGUGAGUUUGAAAAGGUAGCAUCAAGAUGUAUGUAAAGAAAAAUUGAACAGUAUUUUUCCCUAAAAUGAACUGUAUUAGAAACUCACUGUAUUAAGUGGUGUGGUAUUAUUGGAAGGAGCACAGAUUCUAGAAUUAGAUAAACUUAGAUUUGGUUUCCUCUUUGAGCACCUUCCUUGGGCAUGUUAUUUUAUAUUAAUUUCCAUGUCCUUAUCUGCAAUAUAAGAAUAUCUCACUGAAAUCAUAAGGAUUUAGUGAAAAUCAUGUAUAUGUAAAACUUGGUACCUAGCUAGUACUCAAUAGACAUACAUUUCUCACUGCAUUUCCCGAAUCCCUCAGUACACUUCUAGACCAAAAAAAAGGGAGGGGAGGAUGUGGAAGCGGAAGCACUUUUCAGAUACUGAUAUUUCAUGGAUGAAUAUAUAUUUUUUUGAUGAAUAGUAUUUUAAGGAUUGACAAUAGGGCACCAGGCCUUUUUUGUCAACUCAACACUUUAAAAAACUUCCACCAUUUAUUUGUUAUUUAGUUCCUAAGUCAUGUCUGACUUGUGACCCAAUGAACUGUAACCCGCCAGGCUCCUCUGUCCAUGAAAUUUUCUAGGCAAGAAUACUCAGUGGGUUGCCAUUUCCUUCUCCAGUGGAUCUUCCCUACCCAGAGAUUGAACCUGCAUCUCCUGCUUAGCCGGUGGAUUCUUUACCACUGAGCCACCUGGGAAGCCACCAUCAUAAAAGAGAGAACAUUUUAAUACUAAAAAAAGUCAAGCACAAUCUUAUCUUAGGGCAACAGUCUAUUAAAGUGAAUAAAUCUAGCUUUUGAAAAAAGUAACCAUAUUUUCUUAUUUUCCCUUUCUCUGGUGAAAAUUUCAUCACCGAGUUAGUGUGGCUGCCUAAAUAAGUUUAAAGCCACAUUUCAUUAAAAACUCUUUGAAGAGUCAUAACAAGCCUUCCCUUGCCUUUAUCUUGUUUACAUUAAUUGGAAUUAAAAUAUGAAUGACAACAUAAUUUAGCAUGCCAUUUUCUCUGGUCUUUCACAUUAUACAGCUAAGCAGUUGCUUUUUAUUCUUUGAAAUACAUGUAUAACAUUAAUAUAUCCAUUCCCCAAAUUCCAAUUUCAAAUUUUGAGAGCCGGCUCUCCUUAUUGAUAUGAAAAAAUCAAAUUUUCGGAAUUUUUUAAGUCUUUAUUAUGGGAUUCAGGAUAAAACUAUGUUUGGGAUUUAAUAUUUCCCCAUAAGUUUUCAAAAGAAAAUCAUGCCCAGUUUCACUGGUUUCUAGUUUCCUGCCUUGCUUCUGCAUUAGCAUAUGUUUAUUGAACAUCUCCUAUGUACAGACCAUUGCUGGGACUAGAGAAGAAUAAGACAGCGUCUGUGUGCCAGAAGAGCUCACAGUCUGAUGGAGAAGGUGGCCACAGAAACAAGCAAGAGACUUGGAACUGUCUCGUGGCUGUAGCCCUAGGAAUGCCCCUUCUCAUCCUAUUCCCAAUCUCUGUUUUUUUUUUGCUUCCUAGUAACUCAUGACAGCCACUUAACUUUCAGGCCAGUCUUUGUUCAUCUAAUAGUACAAGUAGCAAAGAUAACGUGGGUAAAAGACCUUAUGAGUAAGCCAGAGGUAAGGCAGAAAAAACGAAGUACCUAACCAAGGCAACAUUUUCACUGGUCUCUGGCACCCCUCCUCCCAGCCUAAAAUCAUUGUCUAUUUCCCCCAAAAUCUUACCUGUCUUCUGUUUCAAACUAACUCCUGAUUAUCAGACUCCUCCCCGCAACUGCUUUCCUGUUCCCUUCAGUUCUGAAGCUUGGUCCAUUCUAUUUUCUUUUGUUCUCUAGAUGUAAGUCAUCUAGUCUUGGGGAGCCCAGGUUUCCCCUGUUAACCACAACCACAUGGCUGGUGUAGAUCCAUGCACAUGAAAUGCAUUCAGGUUGAUACAGCAGGGCCAGUGCGAAGGGUGGUAUGGAAAACAGGGGAGAGAUCCACUGCAGAUUCCCCAACAAAUCAAAUGUCAUCAUGUAGAUUACAGGUUAUCUAGGCUGGCCCAAGCAGAUCGAGCUAGCUUGUAUGUCCAGCUACUCUGCACUACAUUUUUUAAAUUUUAUUUUGGAAUAACUAGAUUUACAGAAAAGUUCCAAAGGAAAUAUGGCGUUCCCAUGUACUUAUUACCCAGUUUCCCUUAAUGUUAGUAUCUUACAUUACCAUGGUACAUUCAUCAAAACUAAAAUCCACACUGCUGCAAUACUAUUAAGUAAACUCCCAACUUUAUUCAUAUUGCACCAGUUUUUCACUAGUGUCCUUUUUCAGUUCCAAGAUCCAGUCCAGAAUACCUUUCAUUUAGGCAUAUUGUGCUUCCUUAAUUUAAAUAAACUUUAUUUUAGAAUAGUUUUAUAUUUUUCAGAAAAGUUUGCAUAGUUCACAUAACCCCUGCACCAACUUCCCCUGUGGUUAGCAUCUGACAUUACAGUGGCACAUUUUUCACAUUAAGGGACCAACACUGGUACAUUACUAUUAACUCCAUGCUUUAUUUGGAUUUCACUAGUUUUUACCUAUGUCCUUUUUCUGUUCAGGAAUCCCAUCCAGGAUGUGACAUUAUAUGUGGUUGUCAGGUCUCCUUUGGCUCUUCUUAGCCAUGAUGUUCUCUCUUGCUGCCCAUGCUUCUGAUGACUUCAGCAGUUUUGAGGAGUACUGGUUAAGUAUUUUGUUCAAUGUCCCUCAGUUGGGUUUGUCUGGUAUUUUUCUCAUGAUUUCAACAGGCUGUAGCCUCUAGGGAGGAAGCUCACGGAGGUGGAUUGUUCCUUCAUGACAUCGCAUCAAGCAUAUAUAGUACCAGCAUGACUUAUCACUUGGCUGAGGAGUGUUUGUCAGGUUUCUCUACUACAAAGUUACUUUUUUCUCACUUUCCAUAAAUCUGUUCUUUGGAAGUGAAUCACUAAGCACAGCCCAAACUCUUGGGGUGGGGAAGAGUAAAGGCCCACCUCCUUGAGAAGCAAGUAUCUGUAUAACUUAAUUUGAAACUGCUUAGUACAGGAGAUAGGUCUCUUCUCCCUUAUUUAUUUAUUCAACCAUUUGUUUGUAUCAGCUUGGACUUACAGGUAAUUAUUUUAUACUUUGAGUUGUAGUCCAACACUGCAUUAUUUUGUCUUUCAACUUGUUCUUUCAAGUUGGCUUCUAUGUCCCUUUGACUUUUUUUUUUUUUUUUGAGCACUUCCUUUCUUUAUGUCACUCCUAACAUGCUCCAGGUUCAUUUCAUAUGUUUCCAGUUCUGUAAUCAACCACUUAUCCAGGUUCCUUUUAUUAGAGACUGGUAUUAAAAAUGAAGAUCUGGGUGAUAGAUGUGCUCAUUGCUACUGGGGUGUUGUUUCUUUUAGGCCAUCUCAGCUGACAGAGCAAAGAAAUAUAUGCAUGCAUACAAAUCUCUGUUGAUAUCCACAUCUAUAAAAUUUUCUAUGUAUCUCAAUAUUAAAUUGGAUUUGAAUCCUUG